AUGGCUUCCCAGCAGAAUGGCGAUUCCAACGGCACUGCCAACACCUUCACUCUGAAGGCCGGUUUGGCUCAGAUGUUGAAGGGUGGCGUGAUCAUGGAUGUUGUCAAUGCGGAACAGGCUCGCAUUGCUGAAGAGGCCGGUGCUGCCGCUGUCAUGGCCCUCGAGCGUGUCCCCGCCGACAUUAGAGCAACGGGUGGCGUGGCUCGCAUGUCCGAUCCCGGCAUGAUCAAGGAGAUCCAGAAGGCCGUCACCAUCCCCGUUAUGGCCAAGGCUCGUAUUGGACACUUCGUUGAGUGCCAGAUCCUCGAAGCCAUUGGCGUCGACUACAUUGACGAGUCGGAAGUCCUGACCCCCGCCGACGACGUCUACCACGUUACCAAGCACAACUUCAAGGUUCCCUUCGUCUGUGGCUGCCGCAACUUGGGUGAGGCUCUUCGCCGUAUCUCUGAGGGCGCUGCCAUGAUUCGCACCAAGGGUGAGGCCGGUACCGGAGACGUCGUGGAAGCUGUCAAGCACAUCCGCCAGGUCAGCUCGGACAUUGCCCGUGCCCGUGCCAUCUAUCAGUCCUCUGCCGACUACGAGCCCGAGCUGCGCCAGUUUGCCCGUCAGCUGGAGGUUCCCUAUGAGUUGCUCCGUGAGACGGCCGAGAAGGGUCGUCUGCCCGUGGUGAACUUUGCUGCUGGUGGCGUUGCCACCCCUGCCGAUGCGGCGCUCAUGAUGCAGCUGGGCUGCGAUGGUGUGUUUGUUGGUUCCGGUAUCUUCAAGUCUGGCGAUGCGAAGAAGCGCGCCAAGGCCAUCGUGCAGGCCGUCACCCACUUCCGCGACCCCAAGGUUCUGGCCGAGGUGAGCGAGGGUCUGGGUGAGGCCAUGGUGGGCAUCAACGUGGCGCAGAUGUCCGAGGCCGACAAGCUCGCCAAGCGGGGAUGGUAA